AUGACUUUAUCUCUUUAUUUCUUUCGUUCUACUAUACAAUUUUGUUGGAAAGUUUUCUCUCUUUUAUUUCUUUCAUUCACUAGAUUCUGGCAGUCUUUUUCUCUCUUUUUCUUUCAUUCACUAUAUAUAUUUUUUAUUCUUUCAUUCACUAUAAAUUCUGACUUUUCUCUUUAUUUCUUUCUUUUUAAAUUCUGUCAUUUUCUCUUUUAUUUCUUUCAUUUCUCUAAAUUCUGUCAGGUGGCUUUCUCUCUUUAUUUCUUUCAUUCUUUUCAUUCAAUUUUUGUUAGGUUUUUGACUUUCUCUUUUAUUCUUUCAUUCACUAUACAUAUUUUGGGAAGUGACUUUUCUCUUUUAUUUCUUUCAUUCACUAUAUAUAUUCUUCAAGUGACUUUCUCUUUUAUUUCUUUCAUUCACUAUAUAAAUUUUGCGCAGUAUUCUAUAGACUGGCUCUCUUUUAUUUCUUUCUUCAAUUUUAAUUUGAGCUGGCUUCUCUCUUUAUUUCUUUCAUUCCUAUACCUUUUGUCAGUCUUUUUUCUCUCUUUCCUUCUUCAUUGCUAUAUUUUUCUUUUCUCUUUAUUUUUUCAUUCACUAUUAUUUAAGAGGGGAAUUUCUCUCUUUAUUUCUUUCUUUUAUAUAAAUUCACAAAAUAUAUUUAUUUCUGUAGUUUUCUCUCUUUUUUUUUUUCACUUCAAAUUCUUGACUUUCUAUUUUUUUUUCAUUCAAUUAUAUAAAUUCUGUCACUUUCUUUCUUUCUUUUAUUUCUUUCAUUCACUAUAUAAAUUCUGUCAGGUUUAUCUCUUUUUUAUUUCUUUCAUUCACUAUAUAAAUUUUUGGGAUUUCUUUUUUCUCUUUUAUUUCUUUCAUUCACUAUACAAUUUUUGGGUUUCUUUCUUUCUCUCUUUUUUUCUUUUGAUUCACUAUAUUUCUUUUUCUGUUAUCAAUUUUGAUUUUUUCUUUUAUUUCUUUCAUUCACUAUAUAAAUUCUGUCAAGUGACUUUCUCUUUUUAUUUCUUUUUUCUUCACUAUAUAAAUUUGGCAAGUUUUUUUUCUCUUUUUUUUUUCUUUCAUUCACUAUACAAUUUCUGGCAAUUUCUUUCUCUCUUUUAUUUCUUUCAUUCACUAUAUAAAUUUUGGCAAGUGACUUUUCUUUUUAUUUCUUUCAUUCUUUAUAAAUUUUUUUCUCUUUUUAUUUCUUUCAUUCACUUACAAUUUUUGGCAAAUGACUUUCUCUCUUUUAUUUCUUUCAUUCACUAUAUUUCUGUUUUUUUCUCUCUUUUUUUUUUUCAUUCAUUCAUAUUUCCUUCUGUUCAUUUCAUUUUCUCUUUUUAUUUCUUUCAUUCACUAUAUAAAUUUUCUUUUAUUUUUUCAUUUUCUCUUUUAUUUCUUUUUAUUUCAUUCACUAUAAAUUUCUGGCAAUUUCUCUCUUUUUAUUUCUUUCAUUCACUAUACAAAUUCUGGCAAGUGAUUUCUUUUAUUUUUUCAUUUAUUUCUUUGGGAAGUGAUUUCUCUUUUAUUUCUUUUUUCACUUUUUUUUUCUCUUUUAUUUCUUUCAUUCACUAUACAAUUUUUUUAGGUUCCUUUCUCUUUUUUUCUUUCAUUCACUAUAUAAAUUCUGGCAAGUUUCCUUUCUCUCUUUUAUUUCUUUCAUUCACUUUAAAUUUUUUUAGGUCAUUUCUUUCUUUUAUUUCUUUCAUUCAUUCUUACAAUUUCUGGCAAGGUGACUUUCUCUCUUUUAUUUCUUUCAUUCACUAUUAUUUUUUUUUUUUGACUUUUCUCUUUUUAUUUCUUUCAUUCACUUAUAAAUUCUGGCAAGUGACUUUCUCUUUUUUUUUCUUUCAUUCAAUAUUUUAUUUUUUUAGUUUUUUUUUUCUUUUCACUUUUUUUUCUUUCAUUCACUUUAUUCAAUUUCUGGCAGGUGAUUUCUUUUUUUUUCUUUUCAUUCACUUUACAAUUUCUGGCAGGCCACACCUCUCUUUUAUUCUUUCAUUCACUAUUUUCUGGCAGGUGACUUUCUCUCUUUUAUUUCUUUCAUUCACUAUUUUCUGUUUUCGUUACUUUCUCUCUUUUAUUUCUUUCAUUCACUAUACAAUUUCUGGCAAGGCCACUUUUCUCUCUUUUAUUUCUUUCAUUCACUUUUUUUUCUUUGACUUUCUCUCUUUAUUUCUUUUUCAUUCACUAUUUUUUUUUGUUUUUUCACUUUCUCUCUUUUAUUUCUUUCAUUCACUUACAAAUUUCUUUUAUUUCUUCUCUCUUUUAUUUCUUUCAUUCACUAUUUUUGGCAGGUUUUUCUUCUUUUUUUCUUUCAUUCACUAUACAAUUUCUUUCUUUCUCUCUUUUUUUUCUUUCAUUCACUAUACAAUUUCUGUUUUGACUUUCUCUUUUUCAUUCUUUCAUUCACUAUAUUCUUUUGUUUCCUUUUCUCUUUUUUUUAUUUCUUUCAUUCACUAUUUUUUUUUUUUUCUCUUUUUAUUUCUUUCAUUCACUAUUUUUUCUGUUUUUGACUUUCUCUUUUUAUUUCUUUCAUUCACUAUUUUUUUUUGGACUUUCUCUUUUUAUUUCUUUUUUAUUUCUUUCUUUCACUUUUUUUUUUAUUUCUUUCAUUUUCCUUUUCUCUUUUUAUUUCUUUCAUUCACUAUUUUUUUCUGGCAGGUUCUUUCUCUCUUUUAUUUUUUCUUUCAUUUCAUUUUACAAUUUCUGGCAUUUUUUUUCUCUCUUUUAUUUCUUUCAUUCACUUUUUUUUUUAAAUUCUGGCAAGUGACUUUCUCUCUUUAUUUCAUUCAUUUUUUCUGUGACUUUUCUCUUUUAUUUCUUUUAUUCACUAUACAAUUUCUUUUUUUCUUUUUUUUUUCUUUUCAUUCACUUUUUUCAUCUUUCUCUCUUUUCACUUUCAUUCACUAUUUUUUUGUUAGGUUUUCUCUCUUUUAUUUCUUUCAUUCACUAUACAAAUUCUGGCAGGUUUUUCUCUCUUUUAUUUCUUUCAUUCACUAUUUUCAUUUUCUUUCAGGCCACUUUCUUUUUAUUUCUUUUUCACUUUUUUUUUUUUUCAUUUCUUUCAUUCACUAUACAAUUUUUGGCUUUCUUUUCUCUUUUUUUAUUUCUUUCAUUCACUUUUUUUUCUGGCAGGUUUUUCUCUCUUUUUUCUUUCUUUCAUUCACUUUUUUCUUUGACUUUUUCUCUUUUAUUUCUUUUUCAUUCACUUUUAUUUCUUCAUUUUUUUUCUUUUUUUAUUUCUUUCAUUCACUAUUUUUUCUUCAUCGUUCUUUCUCUUUUUUAUUUCUUUUCAUUCACUAUUUAAUUUCUGGCAGGUUUCUUUUCUCUUUUAUUUCUUUCAUUCACUAUACAAUUUUUGUUUUUGUUUCUCUCUUUUAUUCUUUCAUUCAUUACUUUUUCAUUUUCUCUUUUAUUUUUUUCAUCACUUUUCUGGCAGGUGACAUUUUUUUUAUUUCUUUCAUUCACUUUUUUUUUCUGGCAUUUUUUCUCUCUUUUUUUCUUUCAUUCACUUACAAUUUCUGGCAGGUGACUUUCUCUUUUAUUUCUUUCAUUCAUUAUACAAUUUCUGGCAUUCACUUUUCUUUUUUUCUUUCAUUCACUUUCAAUUUCUCUUUUCUCUCUUUUAUUUUUUUUCAUUCACUAUACAAUUUCUGGCAGGUUUCUUUCUCUCUUUUAUUUCUUUCUUUCAUUAUUUUUUUUUCUGGCUUUAUACAAAUUUCUCUCUUUUAUUUCUUUUCAUUCACUUUUUGUUUUUUAGGUGACUUUCUCUUUUUUAUUUCUUUCAUUCACUAUACAAUUUCUGGCAGGUUUCUUUUUUUUUUUUUGAAAUUUCAUUCUCAUUCACACAUCACAUUUAUUUUUUUUUGUCCUUUCGUUCAUUAUCAGCAUCCUUCUGUUCGACAUCUCUGCAUCAUCCUUCUUUUUAGAACGAUUCCCUUUUCAUUUUCUUUUUUUUUCAUUAAAUUUCAUCAUCCAAAAUUCACACAUCCCUUUUAUUUCUUUUUCUUCUUCAUUUCCUUCCAAAUUUCAUCAUCGUUCACACAUCCCUUUUAUUUCUUUUUUCAUUUCCUUUGCUCAAUUUCAUCAUCGUUCAUUAUCAGCAUCCUUUUAUUUCUUUUUUUUACUGAGGGCACCAGAAUUUCCAAACAUCCUUCUGAAAUUUCAUCAUCGUUCACACAUCCAUUUUAUUUCUUUUUCAUUUCCUUUAAAUUUCAUCAUCGUUCACACAUCCCUUUUUUUUUAACAUUUCUUUUAUGUCCUUUCCUUGAAAUUUCAUCAUCGUUCACAUCCUUUCUUAUUUCUUUUUUUCUUUCCUUUGAAAUGUCAUCAUCGUUCAUUAUCACAUCCUUUUUUUUUCUUUUUUUCAUUUCCUUGAAAUUUCAUCAUCGUUCACACAUUCUUUUUUUUUUCUUUUUCAUUUCCUUGAAAUAUCAUCAUCGUUCACACAUCCCUUUUAUUUCUUUUUUAUUUUCUUGA